AUGAAAGCCAUCUAUAUCCUCCUGUUUCUUGCUGUUGUUGGUUGUGUCGAGUCGAGGGGAUUCGAUUGGAUCAAGAAAUUGUUCCCCAAACACAAUUGGGGCAGAUGGAAUGAAGAGCAAAUCUAUCGCUUCAAGCAGUCAUUCGGCAACAAAACAAACGUCGACCGUUUCAUGCUGGCGUUGGAUCGAGCCAACGAGGCAAUGAAGGGUGUGGCGCAGACCGCCCAAGAAAAGGCCAUCAUCACCGAGAAGAUCAAGAACUUCAAACCACGCGCCCGAUCGCCACUGCCCCCAAAUGCCGAAAAGGACAUCCAAGAGAUCAACAUCGCAGCUGGCGUGGCUGGCUCGUUGUACGGCGGAGACAUGAUGCUCAGCGAUGAUCAAGUCGAUGCAUUGCUCGGCGAGUUCCUGGACGACGCAGACGAUAGAGUGAAAAGACAGGCCCAACACCCGAUCAAGCUACCGGGGAAGCUGUGGACAUCUGGGACGUUCUACUACGUCUUCGACGCGAAUCUACCUGAAAAGACAAAAAAAUUCGCCCAGAUUGGCAUCGAUUUCUGGAAAAGUAUGACGUGCAUCAACUUUGUGGAAGAUGCAAAUGCACCAAACCGUGUCCGCUUCCGAAAGGACACUGGUUGUUCGUCGAGUGUUGGGAUGAUCGGUGGAGAGCAAAUCAUUAAACUCGCCGACAGUUGCGGCAAUUUCCGCAACUGUGUGCACGAGAUUGCGCACGCGCUCGGUUUCUUCCACGAGAUGAGCCGCUACGAUGUGAAGGACUCUGUGACAGUGUACAAGAAUAAUGUGAACACCAGUCAUGUCUCAAAUUUCAACGAGCAAACAAACGAAACCAACUACAACUACGGGCUGCCUUUCGAGUACGGAAGCAUCAUGCAGUACAAAGAUACGGAUUUCAUCUGGGAUUACCUUGAGGAUACAACGACGAGGACCAUGUAUGCAAAGAUCGAUGAAUAUCAGUACGCGAUGGGUUCAAGGCAGAUCGCCUUCUACGACAUCUCGAUGAUGAACGAGCAUUAUCAGUGCAAACAGAAAUGCACAUCGGGGGCCAAUUGUGUGAAUGGAGGCUUCAGAAACCCGAGAGACUGCAAUACGUGCAUUUGCCCAAGUGGAUGGGGUGGUGCCACUUGCUCAAUUAGGCCACCUGGUUGUGGAACUGAGCUGACAGCAACGACGACUCUCCAAACACAAAUUCAGGCGGUUGGCGCUUCGGAGAAUGGUGUGGGAGACUUCUGGGAGACAUGCAACUUCUUGAUCAGAGCACCCGUUGGGAACAAGAUCGAGUUGAUGAUCACGAGGAUGACGAACGCUCAAUGCUCUAGUGGGUGCGAGUAUAUGAGUCUUGAAGCGAAGGUGAUCACCGAUCAUCGCUACACGGGAAUUCGCUUCUGUUGCAAAGAGGAUGUGGGCGAGAAGGUGAUCUCUGAGGGUCAUAUCAUGCCGGUGCUCCUCAACAAUCGCUACAGUCUCAACAACUUCACUUUCACCUACAGAUAUGCUUGUCAACAAUGUGCCAGAAACUUGCCCGAAUACAAUGAAGAAUAUCCAACGACCGCGUGGACACAUGGAACGGCGACUUUUGGAUAUAGAAACGAUGUAACACAGAACAACUGUUUGGUGGCCGAUUGGUUUUGUCAAAUCCCCGCUCCAUACACAAAAGCAAAAUUCGAGUUGUACAAAGGCGUCAACUACACCUCCAAACACUACGGCUACAACGAGAAUGUGAAUCCGGCCGGCUUCAACGACACCACAUCACAAGCCAAUUACCGACCAUUUGUGUGCAACAACAACGGGCAGUGGAGCUUCGAUGGAGAGGCAACCUUCAAAUACGAUUGCUAUGCAAACACAAUAGCCACAACGACGACAACGAAGGCCACAACAACACCACUGCCUGCUUGUCAACGGUGUGCAUACAAUGUGAGCUCCUACAAGGACAACUACGAUGGAUGGGUGUGGGGAACGUACUCAUUCCGUUAUAGG